UCGAGGAAUUCGCAACCGCGAGAAAGAAAAAGGGUCCUCCUUCCGAUCCGACAAAAACACUUCCCGUCCAUGGCUGAGACUUCGGCGGCCUACCGGAAUCUUCACCCGAAGGCGGAGUUCCCCGGCGAGCCGGAGACUUCCCUGGAAGUCUUCUUCGGGUUCCUGGACGAAGGCGCUGCGUCGCCGGAGAGUUCCUGCAGCUCCGGCGACGGGUUCGAGGAUCUGGAGAAUGAGGAGGAAGACGGCGGGUCGUCCAACGCCGAAGAGAGCAGAACAUUCUGGGAGUCUCAGGAACAUCUUGUUCAGGCGACGCUGUGCCGGACCAGUUCGAUCGAGUCCAGGAUCAGGCAAGCCACUAAAGAAUGCUUGAUGGAAUUGAAUUGGAACGAUUCGCAGUGCGACUGUCUCAAAUCCGCCUCGGGGGGUUGCCGGAGUUGCCUGCGGCGGGACGUUUGUGACCGGCUCCGGCGCAAUGGCUUCGACUGCACCAUAUGCAAAUCCAAAUGGAGGAGCUCACCGGAUAUCCCGUCAGGUGAGCACACAUACUUGGAAGUGGUGGACGAAUCGAGUCCCAAGAAAGGGGCGGUGAGAGUGAUAAUCGAGCUCAAUUUCCGAGCGGAGUUCGAGAUGGCGAGAGCGGGUGAGGGCUACAACCGGCUGGUCGGGCGGCUGCCGGAGGUCUUCAUCGGGAAAGCCGAGAGGCUGAGGCCGCUGAUCAAGGCGUUGUGUGCGGCCGCCAAGAGGUGCACGAAGGAGAAGGGGAUCCACAUGGGGCCGUGGAGGAAGCACAAGUACAUGCAAGCCAAGUGGCUCGGCAAGUGCGAGCACUCCACACCGGGCCCUCUCACAGCCGGGCUCCCGGUAGCCCGGCCGGCGAAGCCGAGGGCCUCGAUGCUCACUUUCGACAUGCUUGAGAUGUUGCCCAAGUUGCAAUGUACUGCGGUUGAAGUUGUGUAAGGUUUUCUUUUGAGUGUGUGGAAGAAGAAAUCCAUGGCUUUUUUAAAGAAGUUUUGCCCGUAAUCCAUGGUUUUUUUAGAAGUUUUGCCCGUUGCUCCGGAUAGUCGCUUAUAGAGUUAUGUAAAUUUUGAAGGAAAUGAUUGAGUGAUCCCAAUAAAUUUUGAGUUUUGCCCA